GAAAAAAAAAUGCAAGUUUUCUCUCGUGAGAUUAGCAUUAUGCUGCGCGGGAAUUGUUUAAGUAAAUUAAAAGACUGCAAAGUUUUCAUCUCAGAGGGUUGAUGUGAGGGUGUCAUUUGUGUUUAUUCUUGCAAUGUUGUAAGACUGUUGCUUUUGUAGGAGAGCCGUUUGUCUAUGGCUAACGGAAUACUGUAAGAAAAGAGAAAAGUAUUGUGAUAUAUGUUGACAGACUGACUUGGACAGCUUUCUGUUAUUGAGUAGAAUCAUGAGUAAAUCCAAAGACGCUUCAGCUUCAGGUAUUAUUCUGAAGUAUUUAAAUGAGCAGAACAGACCGUACAGUGCGCAAGAUGUGUUUGGAAACCUACAGAAGGAACAUGGACUAGGGAAGACAGCAGCAGUGAAAGCUCUUGAACAACUUGCUCAACAGGGCAAAAUCAAGGAAAAGGUUUAUGGCAAACAAAAAAUUUAUUUUGCUGAUCAGGAGCAGUUUCCUUCUGUAAGUGAGACUGAGUUGAAGACCAUGGACAACCAAAUUUCUGAGCUGACCUCCAAAUUGCAGGAAGUACUGCAGAGCUGUAAGCAAUUGGAGGCAGUGUAUAAAAGGAAGGACGUAGAGAUCACAUUGUUUUUGAUGAUGUUCCUUUUCAACUGGAAUGAAAGUGCUCAAAAUUUUGUGUAA